CUUAGGGAGAAAUUUGAUAUCUAUACCAAAGUGCGUGAGAUCGGCUGUUGAGUGUAUCCAUAAAUUAUUAUAAGAUAAACAUAGAAGUUUUUAAACUUGUUAUGAAAUAGGUCUCCCUGCCUCAAGGUUAUAUCUUAUAUCCCUAAAGUGGUUUGAGUUGAGUUGAUACAAUGCGUUUUGCUGAAGUUUGAAUCUUCCAUCCAGAUCGAAGAUCGAAUUCAGUUUUAUUGAGAUAGUAUAAGUGGGUGGAAGCAGGAAGCUGAGAUGUCUGAAAGAGUAAAUUACAAAAGGCUUUGUGUCAGAUCCGACAAAGAUGGAUUCACGUAUCCAAAGACAAUAGCGAAAGAACGAGGAGAACUUUCGACAGUCAUUUCCAUUGCAAUUUGUCUUAUUCUAUUUUUGGUUGACUUAAUCCACAAUGAAAAUAGUUUUUGCGUAUUUGCAAUACAAUACACCACUGGAGUCGUGCUGACUAUAGUUUUGCAAUUGAUCUACCGAUUUAUUUUGAUGUGUGAAGAAAUGCGACAUUUAAUAUCACGUUACGAUAGAAACGUAUGGAUUUUGUUUAAGGACGUUUUGCAUUUUCCAAUUCCUGUUUAUAUGACAUUUUUUUUCGGUGUUAUAUACCUGGUAUAUAAUUACUCAUCUACAGCCUUUGAACUUUGGAACUCAAGUGUCACACUGCCUAGAAUUGUGUCCAUGUAUCUAAACAUGUACCUGUUGGGAAAACUUUUGAAAUUGGAUUCUGGCCCGCUUAACGACUCUCUAUGGAUAGCUGAGGAUAAUGGUUUGGAUUACGGCUCUGGAAUGGCAUAUUCCUUUUUCUUUGGAUAUCUAAAUCUAGUUCUUCCAAAAACAGGUAGAGAAGAUAAGCAUUUGAAAGAAAUCAUGGAAGACUACGAAGGUAGUAACGGCAUAACGUUUGCCGUACAUAAACUAUUUAUACUAAUACCGAAGUCAAUGAAAUGUUUCGUUAGUUUAAAGAACGAAUAUUCGCCAUCUGUGGAUGAAAGUAGAUCGUUAGAACAAAAAGUUAUGACAGUUGCUGGGGUUCAAAAUAGAGUAUAUAAAAACGCCGUUUAUAAGAUCAGUCCAAAGAAGAAUGAUUACAUUUAUGUCUCAGCAGAAUAUGCAACACCCUUGAAGACUUUUAAAGACGUUUUUGACAAUAGAGGACAACAUUCAGAAAAUUUCCACAAACAUAAGAAGGACAUUAUUUUACAGUUUUAUUUGACGCUUAAACGAGUAUUGGAACAAAAAGGACUUAACCAAUUUUGUGAACUGAUUUAUUAUGAAGAUUCUUAUCAAAAAGAUGGUGUUACCUGCUAUUACGAUGUGGGAAAAAUAAUUCACGAGAGAAUCAAGGGACUGAAAAAGUCACUCUAAUUAAGAUAGUUACCAGGAGUAGACUCCUUGCAUGCCGUUUUUUUAUCUUUUAUGUUGUGUUUUUUUUUAUAUUUUAUACAUAUAUUAUAACAUAGUUUUAAUAUUGCGAACUGAAAGAUCGAUCUGCAAUGUAACAUGUACAUUUUUCAAGAUAAAUAAAUUCAUUAUUUUGUGUUA